AUGCAACGAUAUCGAGAACCUGCCUGGAUUUUUAAAUUCUAUAUAACUGAUGUGGAGGAUGACGGAGCUAUCCCAUCAAUCAAUCAAGGAGAGAAAAGGAUGGAGAGGAGGAGAACAGCUGCUCCUUCGAUUGUGAGAGCCGUGACUAAAAGAUCAAAUGGAAGAGAGCAUCAGGAGCCAAGGAGAAGCAGAGGAUUACAACUUCCGUGUGUUAACAAUUAG